UGCUAAAGCCUUGGGACCCCAUGGGUACCUUGGCCUAGACUGUUUUCGGGCGUUUGGACCUAGUUUGUUCGCCAGUCUCUCAGGGGAGAGAUAUAGUGUCAGGUUUUGUUUUGUAUGAAGGGCAGAGACGAGAACAAAAGAUAUGACAAAGAAUGCAAUCUUUUUGGUCAAUGGUCCGAGGUAUAUCCUCCAUCCAACCAAUUUCCCUUGGGCUUUUCGGACUAUUCAAUCGUGCCGGUCGGUCUGAGAUCCGAUCGAUCUCUCGGCAUGUCCCUAUACGGCCGUGAACUUUUUUUUUACCCACUGCUUCGGCCGACUCCGAGGAUGAACUGCACAGAGCUAGUCACCUGUAUGAUCUCUACUCGGAAAAUGGAACACAGUCUAGAUCGUUACCAUACCUCUCACCAGUCUCGUGUCUCAUAUGUCGACUCCCGAAGCGUCAACUUCAACUCUUCAUGGCAAUGAGCCAGUUGAACCCGCUUUCCAUAGAGUCUCCGUAGGAGAUCUACCACCGGGAUGCAGUAUCGGCCCCGAACUAUACGACACGCCAAGAGGCAUAGUAUCCGGUAUACCGAAAUCAAAUGGAACAGUCGAACGAUCAUCAGGUCUCACGGAUGGCGUCGAGGCCCCUGGACAACCUGUCAAGGUCAUUUGGGUCGAGUUCCCUCCUGGGUCACCGGAUAAUCCAUUCUCAUAUACUCGUCGGAGAAAAAUUGCCAUCAUGUUUUGCGCGUUAUUCUUUGCGUUCUGUACAGCUCUACAAGGAGCAGCGUAUGCGCAAGGGAUUCCAUCCAUGACGCGUGAUCUAGGUACCACGGAGAUAGAAGCGUUGGCUGGAGUGUCGCUGUACCCCUGGGGUUUUGCUCUGGGACCUCUAGUAUUGGCACCGAUAACUGAAGAGUACGGUCGCUACUGGGCCUACGUCGGGGCAGUAGCUGUAUAUACACUUCUACACUUGACUCAGUCAUUAGCACAGAACACCGCCACCGUUCUCGUUGGCCGGUUUCUGAUGGGCUUGGCAGGAUGUAUAGGUUCGACAGUGGUCGCGGGAACAGUAUCUGACCUCUACAUGCCAGAAGAGCGUGGAGCGCCCAUGGCCUUAUUCACCUUAUGCGUUGUCUCAGGAACGGGCUUUGCAGCACUUUUCGCCUAUGUGGAAGCGAAUCCACAUUUACAAUGGAGGUGGAUCGGUUGGAUCCAGCUUAUAAUCCUCUGCAUCUACUUUGUCGUCUGUAUCUUGAUCAUCGGAGAGACUCGCGCGCCGAUCUUACUCCGACGAAGGGCGAAGAAGCUACGGGAAUCUCGUGGCGAGCAGGAUGGUGGAAGAUAUACUGCUCGGAGUGAAGUCGACAAGCCGGCUCUGGUCACUGCAUUGAAGACGAGCCUGAAGCGCCCCAUCAUGUUCCUGUUGCUCGAGCCCGUGGUGACGUUUUUUGGCAUUUGGCUUGCAUUGGUGUGGGGCGUCUUCUUCAUUGAGAUUGCGGGGAUCAGCUACGUCUUCGAAAAUGUCUUUGGCUUUGGCACUUCUGCCCAAGGCUCUGUCUUCUGGUGUUUCACUAUUGGAGGAUUGCUUGGUUACCUGGGUAACUUUUAUCAAGACUCUCUGUAUCGCAAAUACUAUCCUACACGUGGAGUCGAAGCGCGACUAUACGCUCCCAUGGCCUCUGGUAUCUUGUUCGCCGUUGGGUCCAUGAUCUUUGGUCUAACCUCGGUACCUACUGCUCAUUGGAUAGGACCUUGUAUAGGGAUCACUCUAUUGAUGACUGGAGCAUUUGCAAUCUAUCAAACUGGUUUCUUAUAUCUGUCCCAAUGUUAUGGUACAAACGCUUCAUCUGCCAUUGCCGGCAUGUCAUUCUUGCGGAUCAUUGUAGGAUCAUCCUUUGCCAUGUUUACGAAUAAACUGUUUGAAAGUAUGACUCCUCGAUGGGGUCUAUUCCUCAUGGGCUGUAUUGGUCUCCUUCUCGCUCCUAUCCCUUUCGUGGCGUAUUAUUAUGGACCAUGGAUCAGAGAACGAUCACCGUACUCUAAAAUACUCAUUGCGGAGGAGAAACAACGAGUAGAAGCAGAGAUGCUACUACAGCAAAAGACCGAAGCUGAAGUUGCGCGAGUCAUCUCUGGUCAGAGUAUGCGCCGCAAUCUAUCUAGAGGCAUGAGCAGGGCGAAAUCAAGACCUGACCCUGUUCGGAACGAAUCGGUGGAAAAGGCGCCGGAAACUGCAUAGAUAUCCCAACUGUAUUAUAUCACAUACA